UUAACUUUCAAUGGGUAGACAAAAGCUCUGUAGUAAGUGCUUUUUGUUCUUGAUGCCCUUAUCAGUGAGAUAUUUGAAAUGUUAGUUCUUGGAGUUACGUGAUUAGAGUCGUGUUUUUCAUUGUCUUUAACAAUAAAAGCUACAUAGAAGCUGUGUGCUCUGUUAGGUCAGUUAUAAAAUGGUGUCAUUAUAAAGGAUAACUUCCUUUAAAAAUGUGUUUUGUGUUGACUGCUGGGUAUAGAAAGGUAAUUGAUGUUUGUAUUUUAAUCAUAUACCCUGUAAACUUGCUAAACUCUUGUUGUUUCCAAUAGUUUAUUGGUAGAUUUUUUUUCAAAAAUUUUUGAUAGACAAAUCUUCUGCAAAUACUGAUAGUUCGGUUUCUUCAUUUCCUUACACCUUUUCCCCCCUGUCUUACUGCUGGCUCGGACCUCCAGUAUAAUGUUGAAGAAAAGUGGUGAUGGUCCUAUCAGCAGUAUCCUGGUGAAUAAAUAUGGCAGUCGUCCAGUUAUGAUUGUUGGCGGCUGCUUGUCAGGCUGUGGCUUGAUCACAGCUUCCUUCUGUACCACUGUGCAGGAACUUUACUUGUGUGUCGGAGUCAUUGCAGGUCUUGGGCUUGCCUUCAACUUGAAUCCAUCUCUGACCAUGAUUGGCAAGUAUUUCUACAAGAGGCGACCAUUAGCAAAUGGACUGGCCAUGGCAGGCAGCCCUGUGUUCCUCUCCGCCCUGGCCCCCCUCAACCAGGCUCUUUUUGCUGUCUUUGGCUGGAGAGGAAGCUUCCUAAUUCUUGGAGGCAUCCUACUAAACUGCUGUGUGGCUGGAGCCCUGAUGAGACCAAUAGGGCCCAAGCCAACAACUGCAGGGAAAGAGAAGUCUAAAGAAUCCCUUCAGGAAGCUGGAAAAUGUGAUGCAAACAAGGGGGCAGGUGAUGCAAAUACAGAAGUUAAUGGCAGAAACCCCCCAAAGGAGAAACAGUCCGUUUUCCAAACAGUUAACAAACUUCUGGACUUAUCCCUAUUCAAACACAGAGGCUUUAUGCUGUAUCUCUCUGGGAAUGUGAUAAUGUCUUUUGCGCUGGCUACACCUUUAGUCUUUCUUAGUAAUUAUGCCAAGAGUCAACAUCACUCUAGUGAGAAGUCUGCCUUCCUUCUUUCCAUUCUGGCUUUUGUUGACAUGGUAGCCAGACCUUCUAUGGGAUUUGUAGCCAACACAGAGUGGAUAAGACCUCGAGUUCAGUAUUUUUUUGCUGCUUCUAUUAUUGCAAAUGGAGUGUGUCAUAUGCUAGUACCCUUAUCCUCUAGCUAUGUAGGGUUCUGUCUUUAUGCGGGAUUCCUUGGAUUUGCUUUUGGGUGGUUUGGCGCCGUAUUGUUUGAAACGCUGAUGGACCUGGUUGGAUCCCAGAGGUUCUCCAGUGCUGUGGGAUUGGUGACCAUUGUGGAAUGCUGUCCUAUUCUCCUGGGGCCACCAAUUUUAGGUCGUCUCAGUGACAUAUACGGAGACUACAAAUAUACAUACUGGGCAUGCGGCAUAAUCCUUAUUGUCUCAGGCAUCUAUCUCUGCAUUGGCAUGGGCAUCCAUUAUCAACUUGAGGCAAAAGAACAGAAGGCAGAGGCGAAGCAGAAUAAGGAAAGUAAAGAGAUGGAACCAAAAGAAGUUAUUAAAGCUGCAGAAUCUCCAGAACUGAAAGGCCCAGAAGCAGGACCCAAAGAGGAGACACUUUCAGGCUGAAGUCAGAGAUAAACAGAAGCUUUGGGGCAAAGAUACUUGAAAAAUUCUACUCAAUCAUGUUCUACUCUUGGUGCUAACAGUGGAUAGUGGACAUUUGUGUGGAAGUCAUACCAGGUGUUCAUUGAUAGAACUUUUAUUUCCUUCCUUUACAACAGUCAUAAUAAAUAUGUCACGUCCUUUAGGGGCAGGGGAUUUGCAAAAGGUUACAGAAGGAAAAAGCUUUUAUUUGAAGUCAUAUUUAUUAAGGUAUACCUUAAAUACUUACAAAUCUCUUUUAUAAGAGUAAAGUUUAAUGAAUUUUGACACAAGUAUUUUGUCAAAUAACUACCACACUAAUAUAGAAUAUUUCAAACAGCCAAAAUAAUUCCCUUCUGCUCCUUUGCAGUUAAUCCCCUCCCCUUAACUAUAGCCCCUGGCAGGCACUGCUCUGAUUUCUGUCCCCUAUAGUUUUGUCUUUUCCAGAAUGGAAUAAAUGGAAUCACAUAGUAUGUAACUAUGGCACAAUUGUGUAUAUAUAUGGUCUUUAUCCUCAGUUCCUGGUAUACAGGUCCUAGAAGCCUUGGAAUCUCUGGAGUGAUAAGAGUCUCUUUUGCAUGCUAAUUAGGUGACUGGUGGCUGGAGACCCCUUUCUUAACUUCAGGAUAGGGGCUAGUCUCCAAAAAGGCCAAAGCAUGAUUGGAGGGUUGGAACUUUCAGCCCCAUCCUCUGACCUCUGAGAAGGGGAGAGGGGCUGGAAGUUGGGUUCAAUUAUUAAUGUCCAAUGAUAUAAUCAAUCAUGCCUAUGUAAUAAAACCCCCUAAACUACAGAGAGCUUCCUGGCUGGUGAAUACUUUGAGGUACUGGGAGAGUAGUGUGCCCAGAGAGGGCAUGGAAGCUCCCUACCUCCCCUCCCCCCCAUAGUUUACCCUAUGCCUCUCUUCCAUCUGGCUGUUCUGAAUUGUAUCCUUUAUAAUAAAUCAGUGAACGUAAGCAAAGUGUUUCCUGAGUUCUGUGAUCCAUUCUAGUAAAUUAUCAAACUUGAUGAAGGAGUCAUGGGAACUCCCAAUUUAUAGCUGAUUGGUCACAAGUACAGGUGGCAACCUGGGACUUGAGACUGGAAUCUGAAGUGAGGGCAGUCUUGUGAGACUAAGCCUUUAAAUCUGUGGAAUCUGACACUAACUCCGGGUACUUUAUGUCAGAAUGGAAUUGAACUGUAGGACACCCAGUCGGUGUCUGGAGAGUUGGCGCAAUGGUUGUUGGUAUGGAAAUAACCCACACAUUUGGUGUCAGAAGUGUUGGGAGUAACAGCGGUUGGGAGUAGCCUUUUGUGUCUGGCUUCUUUCACAAGAGCAUAAUGUUUCAUGGUUCAUCCAUGUGGUUGUAUUUUUCAGUAGUUCAUUGCUUUUUAUUGCUGAGCAGUAUUUCUUUGUAGAGAUGUACCAUAAUUUGUAUAUCCAUCCCCCAGUUGGACAUUUGAGCUUUGUUCUAAGUAAAGAGAUCUGUGCAGACUCAUGCUUUCAUUUCUCUUGGGUAAAUGCCUAGGAUUGGAGUUGCUGGGUCAUAUGGCAAGUACAUUUUUAACUUUGUAAGAAACUAUCAAACUCUCUUCUCAGUAGCUAUACCAUUUGGUAAUCCCACUAGCGAUGUAUGAAAAUUCUAGCUGUUCUACAUCCUUGUCAGCACUUGGCAUUGCCGAUCUUUUUAACUUUCCCGUUCUAGUUGGUAUGUAGUGUGUGACAUUUCCCUGAACAUUAAAGAUGUUGACCGUUUUUCCAUGUGCUGUCCUCCGUAUAUUUUUAGAGAAGGUUUUUUUCUUGUUUUUUUUUUUGGGGGGCUGUGCUGCGUGGCAUGUGGGAUCUUAGUUCCCUGACCAGGGAUUGAACCCGUGUCCCCUGCAGUAGAAGUGUGUAGUCCUAACCACUGGACUGCCAGGGAAUUCCUGAGAAGGUUUAUUUUUUAAUCCCGACAUUUAACAGUCUUAAAAAUAUUUCGGUGCCCUGAGGUUUUGUCCUUCAAACUCUUUAGGUGACUUUUCCUGGCAUAUCUGACAGUGAAAUGAACAAUCUAUUUGAACACCCUUAAAUGUGUGGCAGUGUAUUUAAAUAGAUGGUUAUGAAGUCUAAUAGCAUGGAAAGAUCCUUCUGUUAUAAGCAUGAUACAAUGUUAUGUGA